AUGAGCCUGUGGGUGGACAAAUACCGGCCCUGCUCCUUGGGGCGGCUGGACUAUCACAAGGAGCAGGCGGCCCAGCUGCGCAACCUGGUGCAGUGUGGUGACUUCCCUCACCUGUUAGUCUACGGACCAUCAGGUGCUGGAAAAAAGACAAGGAUAAUGUGUAUCCUGCGGGAGCUCUAUGGCGUGGGAGUGGAGAAGCUGCGCAUCGAGCACCAGACCAUCACAACUCCAUCGAAAAAGAAAAUUGAAAUUAGUACCAUUGCAAGUAAUUAUCACCUUGAAGUCAAUCCCAGUGAUGCUGGCAGCAGUGACCGGGUGGUGAUUCAGGAGAUGCUGAAGACGGUGGCUCAGUCCCAGCAGCUGGAGACCAACUCUCAGCGGGACUUCAAAGUGGUGCUGCUGACCGAGGUGGACAAGCUCACCAGGGACGCUCAGCACGCCUUGCGCCGAACCAUGGAGAAGUACAUGUCCACCUGCAGGCUGAUCCUCUGCUGUAACUCCACCUCCAAGGUGAUCGCUCCCAUCCGGAGCCGCUGCCUGGCCGUCCGUGUGCCUGCCCCCAGCGUUGACGAAAUCUGCCAUGUCUUAUCCACUGUGUGCAAGAAGGAGGGCCUGACUCUGCCCGCGCAGCUGGCACGCAGGCUGGCGGAGAAGUCCUCGCGGAAUCUCCGGAAAGCCCUCCUGAUGUGCGAGGCGUGCCGAGUGCAGCAGUAUCCCUUCACUGCAGACCAGGAGAUCCCUGAGACAGACUGGGAGGUGUACCUCAGGGAGACGGCCAAUGCCAUUGUCAGCCAGCAGAGUCCACAGAGCUUUGUGCAAAUAGACGUUUGUAACAUGGUGGAUAAGCACCUCAUUUUCAUAUUCCAGAAAAGGGGCCUUCUCAUGGAACUCCUUCACAAUUGUGACGGGCAGCUGAAAGGGGAGGUGGCCCAGAUGGCCGCUUACUAUGAGCACCGUCUGCAGCUGGGCAGCAAAGCCAUUUACCACUUGGAAGCCUUCGUGGCCAAGUUCAUGGCCCUGUACAAGAAGUUCAUGGAGGACGGGCUGGAAGGCAUGAUGUUCUGA